AUGUCAUCCCUCGAUCAAAUCUGGCUGCUUUUCACGUUCGUCCUUAACUUCAUCGCCGCCGAAUUCGGCUCCGUGCCCUCGAAUACCCCUGUGGUACUGUCCCAGAGCACGAGGGCUUUCCGGAACAUUAUCAAUCAGGCCCCUGCCGACAAAGAAAAACCUUUCGCGUCUAUCACGUACACGGCCGUUGUUCGGGGUAAGGUGGCUCUGCCGUGCAACAUAGAGCCACCUACGGCAGGCGACGAAGUAGUUCUCGUCCUCUGGUACAAGGAUGAUAUCCCAGCUCCGAUAUUCACUUUGGACGCCCGUCGAGGGGAUUUGGACCGGGCGCCGCAAUCUACUCUCAGUGAUCUCGGCAAACGAGCCUUCUUCAAUAUGGCUAACAAACCAGCUUUCCUGCAAAUUGACCCUGUCCAUGAGAACGAUGCCGGAGAGUAUCGUUGCAGGGUGGAUUUCAAGAGAGCGCGGAGUAUCAAUACCGUCAUCAAUCUCAGAGUAAUCGUGCCCUCGGGAGAACCGGUGAUCGUCGAUGAGGAGGGAUCGUCGAGACUCAGGGGACUCGUAGGUCCUUUCAACGAAGGCGACCCUCUGGUAUUAGUGUGUCAAUCUGAACAGGGCAAGCCACGGCCUUCGGUCACGUGGUGGAAAGAUUAUCGGCUCAUCGACGAGUCUUAUUUCUACGACGCCGAGGACAAUCUAGUAAAGAACGUGCUGGAAAUCGAAGCCUUGACGAGAGAUGAUCUGCUCUCUGUGAUCGUCUGCCAAGCAUCGAACAACAACAUCACCGUACCGAAUCCAGUGUCUGUAACUCUCGAUCUGAAUCUGAAGCCACUCGACGUCACAAUAGAACAUCCACCAUCUCAUCUUUCUGCCAAUCAACAAGUCUUGCUGAGAUGCACAUCUUCGGGCUCUCGGCCAGCUGCGAAACUAAGUUGGUGGAUGAACGGACGACAACUGAAACCAGCCCGGGAGGAUGAGGCCAGUCUCAAGAGCAGCUCUAGUGUACUCAUGCUCACGCCUUCCGCCGAAGAUAACGGCAAGAUGAUAUCCUGCCGAGCCGAGAACGCUCUAAUCCCCGGCAGCGCUUUGGAGCAUGGUCUUCGACUCGACGUCCACUAUCCUCCGCAAGCGUCGCUUGAACUGGCAAGUUACAUCAAUCCUGACGAUAUUCGGGAACAAAUGGAUAUACGCUUGACUUGCCACGUCAACGCUAAUCCUCAACCCGCUAAUGUCACGUGGUUGUUCGAAGGCGAUCGUCUCCGCACGGAUUUACUUCCGCGAGUGAUACAGAGCUCAACGGGAAUUUUGAUUCGACGCAUUCAGCGAGUUCAUCGCGGGAGGUAUAUGUGUCAGGCCGAAAACUCGCAGGGCAGAGGAACGAGCAAUGAGAUUUAUUUAAAGCUUAAGUUUUCGCCGCUUUGCAAAUCGAAACAACGUCUGGCGUACGGUGUUCCGUCGGAGGGUGAAGUCAGCGUCCUGUGUGACGUCGAAGCUGAUCCUGAUGACCUGGUCUACUACUGGGCGUUCAACUCCACUGUCACCGGGCGAGUACACAACCUCUCCGUAGCGGAUAACACACGGAAUGUCUACACGUACAAGGUGUCGAAUCUCCAAGUCAGCUACGGAACGCUGCUUUGCUGGGCGAAGAACCCCAUCGGAUUACAGCGAGAUCCUUGUCGAUAUCGGAUCGUCCCGGCAGGGCCCCCGGAUCCCUUGGUGAACUGCACGCAAACCAACGCCACAUCUUCCAGCAUCACAUUGAAGUGCUACGAAGGAACGUGGGACGGAGGACUCCGGCCGCUAAGCUUCUACGCGCAGGUGUACGACGUGGAAUCCGGUCAGAUGGUGGCGAACACGUCACAUCAUACAUCCCCAGAGAACAUCUCCAUAUCCCGCUUGCCGACAGGUAGUUCUUUCCGAGUCACUGUGUUCGCCGUCAAUGUAAAAGGUGUCAGCGCUCCGCACGUGAUCAUGGCACAGACGAUGCGGAUCGCUGAAAAGUAUAUCGAUCAUGAGGUGAUAUUAGACAUGAACCCCAUCCUACUAGGCAUAGCGAUAGCUGUGCCGAUCGCGUCUGCGAUAUUCUUCAUUGCCCUGAGAACAAACUGCGCCCUCAAAACGUUACAAGUAUUGUCAGAAGAUAAAGUCAAUGUUCCGAGAGAGAGAGACUUGGAUGAAGAGGAUCAGCUCAAAAAACUCACUGAUCGUGAUCCUGGCCGGAGAGAAUCCAUCCAUACCGUGCCCUGUCAACUCAGAAGUCCCGACAUAAUACCCCACUUGACUCCUCCACAGGACCACAGGCGUCAGCGAGCCAGUUUAUGCGGUCCGCAUCCCGAAUCCCCGUCGGUGCAUCUCUACUACACGAACAUCCCGGCAGUUCCUACGGUCGAGUACGGGGUUCCGUCGUCGUCGUCCUCGUAUAACAACUACGAAUCCCCCAUCUACCAGCGGCCCAUGUCGCUGCAAAGACGACAGUCCCUCUAUUACCAAAAGUCGAUGGUGGACCUCCACAACGCGUAUCUCUACGAUAGUCCCAUCACGACCCGCCGAGUGAGUGGAUCGUCGAACGCAUACAACACAUUGCCGCUCCGGAGAGAGCUCCUGAAAAGCGAAUACUACUUGGAGCUGACAGACGAGAACGUCGAAAGUUCUGUAUAG